GAGGCGGGCGCCACCGCGGGUGGGCGCCGAGGACCCCGACCUGGGGGCGGGGCCUGAGGCCGGCCAGCCCCCCUCGCCCCGCGCCCCCCGAGCCGAGGCCCGGAAGGGGCCAGUCGCGCUUCCGUCUCCGCCGGGGAUGCACGGAGGGCGGAGCUGCGGCCCGAGGACGCGACGCGAGCCCAGUUCCGGCGAGGAGGCCGGCCAGUGACAGCGAUGGCGGCGGAGUCGGCGCUCCAAGUUGUGGAGAGGCUGCAGGCACGCCUGGCCGCGAACCCGGACCCUAAGAAGCUAUUGAAAUAUUUGAAGAAACUCUCCACCUUGCCUAUUACAGUAGACAUUCUUGCGGAGACUGGGGUUGGGAAAACAGUAAAUAGCUUGCGGAAACAUGAGCAUGUGGGAAACUUUGCCAGAGACCUAGUGGCUCAGUGGAAGAAGCUAGUUCCAGUGGAACGAAACACUGAGCCUGAUGAACAAGACUUCGAGAAGAACAAUUCCCGAAAGCGCCCUCGGGAUGCUCUUCAGAAGGAGGAAGAGAUGGAGGUGGACUACCAAGAGAACUGGAAAGCCUCUGGUAGCCGAUCCUAUAGCCCUAGCCCUGAGCACAGACAGAAAAAACACAGAAAAAUCUCAGAGCUGGAGAGACCUCAUAAAGUGUCUCACGGUCAUGAGAGGAGAGAGGAGCGAAAGAGGUGUCACAGAGUGUCACCAGCUUAUUCCUCAGACCAUGAAUCUUCUGAUUAUGGCCAUGUUCAGUCCCCUCCAUCUCAUACCAGUCCUCGUCAGAUGUACGUGGACCAUUACAGGUUCUCAGAGGAGGAUCAUGAGCCCAUCGUUUCACACCAGAAGCCUGGAAAAGGCCACAGUAAUGCCUUUCAGGACAGACUGGGAGUCAGUCAAGAACGACACCUGGGUGAACCCCAGGGGAAAGGGGUUAUGAAUCAAAACAAGGAGCACAAAUCUUCCCACAGGGAAAAACGCCCCAUGGAUGCCAAGGGUGAUGAGAAGUCUUCUGCUCUGAGCAGAGAGAAAUCACACAAGGCCCUCUCCAAAGAGGAAAACCGAAGGCCGCCCUCAGGGGAGAGCACAAAGGAGAAACUGCCCUCAGGUGGUGUGAAGAAAGAGAAGGAAAAGGAGAGCAGCAGCAUCAAGAAGAAGUUUUUGCCCCCUUUGGAGACUGCUUCAGACAACCACCUUAAAAAGCCAAAGCACAGAGACUUGGAGAAAACCAAAUCAGACAAAAACAAGCAAAGUCUGGACAGCUUAGACAUAGGAAAAGGAGACCUGUUGCCCAAGGUAAAAGAGAAGGUUUCUAAUAACCUAAAAACUCAAGAAAGGAAAAUAAAAACUUCUAAUUUGGAUAGAAAGUCACUGGGCUCCUUCCCCAAAGGUGAGGAUGCAGAUAUGGAGGAUGAGUUCGAGCAGCCCACCAUGUCUUUUGAAUCCUACCUCAGCUAUGACCAGCCCCGGAAGAAAAAGAAAAAGAUUGUGAAAACUUCAGCCACAGCACUUGGAGCAAAAGGACUUAAAAAAAGUGAUUCUAAAAGCACUAGUAAAAACUUGGACUCGGUUCAGAAAUUACCUAAGGUGAACGAGAACAAGUCAGAGAAGUUGCAACCAGCUGGAGCCAAUUCAGCCAAGCUGAAAAAGGUCCCUGAUGUGUUGCCAGUGUUGCCAGACCUCCCGCUACCCAUGAUACAGGCCAAUUACCGUCCACUGCCUUCCCUCGAGUUGAUGUCCUCCUUCCAACCAAAGCGAAAAGCAUUCUCUUCACCCCUGGACGAAGAAGAAGCCGGAUUCACUGGACGCAGAAUGAAUUCCAAAAUGCAGGUGUAUUCUGGUUCCAAAUGUGCCUAUCUCCCCAAAAUGAUGACCUUGCACCAGCAGUGCAUCCGGGUACUUAAAAACAACAUCGAUUCAAUCUUUGAAGUGGGAGGAGUCCCAUAUUCUGUUCUUGAACCUGUUUUGGAGAGGUGUACACCUGAUCAACUAUAUCGUAUAGAGGAAUACAAUCAUGUAUUAAUUGAAGAAACAGAUCAAUUAUGGAAAAUUCAUUGCCACCGAGACUUUAAGGAAGAAAGACCAGAAGAGUAUGAGUCCUGGCGGGAGAUGUACCUGCGGCUUCAGGAUGCCCGAGAGCAGCGGCUACGAGUACUGACAAAGAACAUCCAAUCCGCACAUGCCAAUAAGCCCAAAGGCCGACAAGCAAAGAUGGCCUUUGUCAACUCUGUGGCCAAGCCACCUCGUGACGUCCGGAGAAGGCAGGAGAAGUUUGGAACAGGAGGAGCGGCUGUCCCAGAGAGAGUCAAGAUUAAGCCAGCCCCGUACCCCACAGGAAACAGCCAUGCUCCAGCCAGCAGUGGCAGCAGCAACAGCUUUAACCCCAGCCCAGAGGAGCCAGCCUACGAUGGCCCGAGCACCAGCAGCGCCCACUUGGCGCCGGUGGUCAGCAGCACUGUUUCCUACGAUCCUAGGAAACCCACUGUGAAGAAAAUUGCCCCGAUGAUGGCCAAGACGAUUAAAGCUUUCAAGAACAGAUUCUCCCGCCGAUAAACUGAGGACUUGCCUUGGAUGGAAUUUGGGGGGCAGGAAUACAAGGACAAUGGGGAUUGGGGAAUGGAACUUCCAAAGGAGCCCGGAAUCUUUUGCUUUGAGGAACCUCUUGGUCUCCGUGUCCUGCAGUCUGCAGGUGCUGCCCCAGGAGCGUGCGUGCCGCAGGCCCUGCCUCGUUGCUCGGAGCACACUUCAGAAUUCUGAAUGUGAAGCCUCAGGCUCACUGAGGAUUUUAAGGUCAAUUAUACUUUUGUUGUUCAUUAGUGUCUUUGUAAACUAUAAGACAUAGUUUUAAUUAAUAAAUAUUGCCCCCCGAUUGUAUUUAUAUUACCCCCAGGUUUUUUUGUUUCUGUUUUUUGUCUACCACCACACACUUAGCCUUUUAUUUUCUGGUCCUUUAUUAAAGUUAGAUAAAAACCUAGUGAAAGCCAUUCCCCUUUCCCAGCUCAGCUCUCCUGAGUAGUCUCUGGUCCAGACAGAGGACUGAGCAUCCCCAAAUCCUGCAGAGUGUCUGCUUCCUGGGGUGAGGAGUGAGUGCCAGACUGCCUGUCCCACAGGGAGCUGUGAUCGGAGACAGGAGCAUUCAUGUGGGCUCUGCCGCAGACCCUUUUCAGUAUUGCUGCGUUCUGUGCAGGUGCAUUUCUUUCUUACUCAUUAAAUGAUAUUUAUUAAGGGAAGUUAUUUGUAAAGGCCUAGAAUCCUUCUCUCAUACUUUUGGCCAAUUCCCACCUUUUUUUUUUUCUUUGAGGCCACAGAACCUUGAGAGAUUAAUUUGCACAGAACCCCAGCAUUUUUAUAAUUUCCAGUUUCUCAUCCAAAAUUUUAGGUUUUUUUUUUUCCUUUUUUCUUUUUUUAUCGCUUUUCCUAUUUUUCCUUCUUCUCACCAGCACGGGGGGAAAAAAAACACAUGGCAGGGCUUUUCAUAGCCCUGAAUACAACUUUAGAGUUUUAAAAGCCAGCACUUUAAUCUCUUGCUCUGUGAAUUGCUAUGAGAAGUGAAUGGUUUUAAAAGUUGUAAUGCUACGUUGGAAAUUGGCUUUGUUUUGCCUUUUCUUUAAAAGGUAAGAUCAUGUGACUGGAAGAGCACAACGGUUGGCUGUGUUUGGUAGAGAAUUUUGCAGCUGAAGCUCUCUGCCUUUUAAGUGUUUAAGCCAGGAUUUGGAGGGAAGGACCAGCUUAGGGAAAGUGUUUGAGCUGCAGCAUCAGGAUGGGGAAACCACAUAGGCAUCCAUCAAGGUCAGGAAGGGCAGCUCUCACUUUCCUGUUGACCCAGGAACAAGAUCGGAACUAGGAGGGCAGCGUCAGCCCUCUUCCGGGCUGUUGAAGAACACAGAUCUAGUAGAAACCUGCUUGGUUGCGACCCGGGUGGAGGCAGAUGCUAUGAAUUUGAGAUAUGCAUCCUUAAGAAACCUGAGAAGCAGACUGAGGGGAUGGUUAAUGUGACAGCCUAACAAGUUCGGCAGUCAGUCCCCUCGAGAAGUUUUCUCAAAGCCCAGAAUACUGAGCCCCCUGUUUUUAACCAUCCUGGAGACCUCAGGCCUCCUUUGGCUUCCAGAGCGAUGCAAGAAAUCCGUACAGCAAGAGCUCUGCGUUGGUCAGUGUGUGCUGCUGUUGCAGGGUGCCUGUUGCGACAGGACACAAAUAUUGCUGUGUUUUAAUUUGCUGUAAUUUUUAAUUGGAUAAAGCAUUAUUUUUCCUGGUUGCUUAUACCACCAUUCUACCCCAUCCCUUAGCCUGUUCCCCAAAUCUAUUAGGAAGCCUCUUACCUGAAACCAAGUGAACAUUCGGGUCAGGUGCCAGACAUCUGUUGCCUAGAAUAGCUUUUUCUAGGUGUCUACCACCUUGAAUUUGUCUCUUAGCUAAGUCCUUGUCAUUGAAACCAGUUUUUCAUAUUUUAGAUUCAGUUGUGUAUGAUUUAGUUUCCCUUAUUAGGAGUCUUUAGGCAGGGAGGGAAGAAGGGACACAUAUUUGUUCAUCCCACUGUUUGGGGCACAUAAAGAUUUUUGAUGAAUUCUGAUUGCAUAGAGCCAGAUCUUCCCUCGACCCCCCCAAGAGUAGUCUGCAUCAGGGAUGUGACUUGGUAUGAAAUAGAGUAAGGGGGGAGAGGAAAAACCAAAUUUCUAAACAACUUCCUCACCUGGCUUAUUGAAAUGGCUGCAGAGCAGACAUGGGAUAAUGUUGAACCUUUGGUCUCAUUUGUGAAAACUUGUGCAAUUUUUUUCUGUGCUACACUACAUACAAAUCACAAAUUACAGAUUACCCCUUAGUGAUCCUUGGAGUAAUGAGCAGUUUCUUUGGGGCUUUCUCUUUCUUUCUGGGUAGUGGGAGGGAAAGGAGCAAGGUGUCAUCCUGCUCUUUAUUUGUAUUUUGGUCCCAAAAUGUAAAUACAAUUUUCUAUGUUACUUUUUUGUGGUAACUACCAAGAUGAAUAUUUUAAUUAGAUAAGUUAUAUGAAAAGGAAGAUUCCAUGUCUAAAUAAAAAAUGAAAAAACUCCA